GUUGGUUCAUGGAGUAUAUUUACACGUGCUACCCGUUUUGUUGUAACCUAUAAUUUAAAAAGAUAGCGUACUAAAUAACAAAAUAGAUUGUAGCCAGCCGAAGAUACUUAAAAUUACAAAAAACGAAAAUAUAAUCUAAAUCUUUAAAUAGUAAUACGAAAAGAUCUGUAAUUUUCCGUAUGAAUAGAAUUUGUUGAUUAAUUGAUACAACAGCGACAAAAUUAUGUCUGUGUCACAGAAGUUACAUCAAAGGCUGGCAAAACAAAGGGAACGUACAUUGAAUGUAUGUCUUCCUCAUGUGAUAAAGGAUCGAAAGGAUGUCGAGAAUUUAUUCGUCGGUGACUUCCAUAUAAAAUUACCACGACAGUCCAGUAGGUCAUGUCAUGUUGUGUUCACCAGUGUGGAAGAGAAGAUCAAGAAUCAGAAGCUUGUGAAGAAAAAGAUGGUGAAUGGCAAACAUAUUGUAGUUCAUGCAUUACAUGACAUUGUAAUUGAAAAAAAGAAUGAGACAAAAAAGAGGAAGAAAAAGAAGAUCUUUAUGCCAAAAAUUACACCUGAUGUUAAAGUGACACAAGGGAUAUUUGUUGCAAAUAUAGAGAUUCAUACAAAAGCAGAUGAAAUCAGAGGUGCCUUACCUGGAUGUGUCUCUGUAACUUUAUUGAAACCUUACAAUAAGAAUUUCAGAAGUGCGAUAGCAAAGAUGGAGAAUAUCCAGACAGCAGCAGAAUACUUGAAGAAGAAGCGUAAAUGGCCAAUUAUAAGAGGGCAUAAAGUAUCUUUAAAACCAGACACCAGAACAAAGCAUAAAAGAAAAGAACCUACAGGCAUCUUAAAGAUUUAUGAUGGCACAACAGAAGAAUCUGUUAAGGAAGAAUGUGAAUCUAGUGAAAAUCAUAAGAAAUCAGACUGUAUGGAGAGCAACGAGGAAAAUAGUUAAAGGACAUCGCCAUUUGCCCAGCGAACGUAAGGUGGAGCGCGGUUACGUUUUCGUAUUGCAAAACCUUCUUACUGCAACAUAAUUGGUUCUUGAGGUUCCUGGCCCCUUGCUCCUGAUGUCAUCAAUCAAGAGUUCCGCGGCGAAGGACCAGGGGUUUUAAUUUUAACUUAAACUAGAUUCGCGUUAACGUUUUGCUGACUUUGUCUCGAUGUUUCUACAUGUAGGAGGAAUCGAUCGACAAGUCUAAGCAAGUAUACAUGCUUAAUCGAUCGAUUCCUUCCUGCGAGAGUCAAAAGUCAACGAUACAACAAGGAAGUGUUUAGUAUUCGUGACUGUAAUUGCAUAAUGAAGUAUAAUUAUAGUCAAGAAAACUAUUUUUGUAGUCAGCGCUACUAUAUCAGCGAUAAUAAUCUUUCGUUGCUACUUUUUAUCAGAACAAAAAAAUGUGAUAUCAAAAAAACUGUAAUUUUAACGAAAUAAACCGUUUUUCUCAGUG